AUGGCUGCAUCAUCUCGACGUCUCAAGGGUAUUCUAUCAGUAACUGUACUGAAAGCUAACAAUUUAACCAAAAGUGAUUGGUUUGGUGAGAACGAUUGCUAUGCGGUCCUUUCACUUGAACCUCUUACAAAUCAAUCGAAAAUAAAAUUUGGCAAGGAGUCACAACAAACAGAAAUAUGUCAGAAGACACAAAUUCAUGAUGGUUGUCAUCCCAUUUUCAACGAAAAAUUUCUAUUUCCCAUAGCACAAGACUUAGAAACAUUGUAUGUUCAGCUAUGGGAUUCGGAUAUUGGUAAAGAUGAUCUUUUAGCUUAUGGGACAUUGAAUUUUCUGAAUAAUGAUCAAGGUAUUCAAUUUAAUACGAAUACGGAGAAAGAAUGGCUUUAUACUGUAACUAUUUCCAUGAUUAAUGAUAAACGUGGAGAUGGUGGUACGUUAGAACUCGUUCUUCAUUUUAUUCCGGAGACGGUUGCUGAUUUUAUCAGCAAAAACUUCAAUGCUGCUCAAGCAGAACUGAAGAAAAAAUUAACACAGCAAAUAGUAGCAAAAAUGACCGAUGUAGCCUCAGACAAAAUCCGAGGAUAUGUGGGUAUUGGUGAUUGA